AUGUCCAAUUGGGCUCUUUCCGGCUCUGUUGCCAAGGGUAGCCACUCUGACCCGUUGCUGCCGAUGGGCUUGUUGAUCUUACUUUUUAUUUUCGCAGGAAACGAAGACUUCAUAAGUAAGAGAUUGCCAAUAUCCACGUCCAAGACUUUACCGGGUGUAUUGAAGUUGUCCGGUCAAGAGACUGAGCCCCAGCCUUCCUCGAAAACUUUAGAUCCUUCCUUCGACAGCGGUGCAGGUCUAGAUGUCCAUAAAACUUCCAGAAGUGGCAAGCGUGACAUCCUCUCGUCUAACGCCCUCCUCACUGCGUCAUUUCUCUUCAGAUCAUUGCCACAACUCAUCAUUCUUCAAACAACCUAA